GUUUGAACAUAGUAGUUGUGAAUAACUAUCAAUAAUAUAUUUAUUUUCUCUUUCAUCUAUCUAAAUAAAUUAAAGUAGGAUAAAAAGAGGUUAUGUCUGCGGAAGAAAAUUUCGAACAGUUCGAAGAUGAAGAGGCUGAAAUUGCUAUCGGUGGUACAUUACCAGGAGGUAGGAAACGUUUAUUUUCAAAAGAACUUCGUUGCAUGAUGUAUGGCUUUGGUGAUGAUCAAAAUCCUUAUACCGAGAGUGUUGAUCUACUCGAAGACCUGGUCAUUGAAUUUAUAACAGAAAUGACUCACAGAGCUAUGGAAAUUGGACGUACUGGACGCGUACAAGUAGAAGAUAUUGUUUUCUUAGUUAGGAAAGAUUCACGCAAGUAUGCCAGAGUGAAAGAUCUCCUAACGAUGAAUGAAGAAUUAAAGAAAGCAAGAAAAGCAUUUGAUGAAGUUAAAUAUGCAGGUACUGUUAAUCAGUAGAGUUAUCUUUGUAUUUCAUGGUAUUUCAUUUCAUUUAUGCAAUCUAUGUGAUUUUCUAUUAUAUUUUUUUUUAUUAAAACAACGAGAGUACCACAGUGGGUAUAUAAAAAGAAGUUUUAAAUUCAUAUAGAUUGCAAGUUAUUAAGCUUAAGCAUAAUAAGUAUCAUAGCAAGAUUAUGUUUGAGUUUUUCUAUAACAUUGUUUGGUUUAUGCAAUUAUUCUUAACAUGUUCACUACUGCACCAUGGAGAAGAAAUUUCUAUCACAGACCAGAAUUUAUUUGUCAUUCUUAUUACCGUUACAAAUGUGUGACGCUGAGCUCUCAAUGGAAAUCGGUGUGUCACUUGUAGUGAAUGUGUUAAUGAGCUUAAAAAUGUAGAUUAUUGGUUUUUUUAAAUUUGUUUAAUUUGUUUUUUUUGAGAUGGAAAAAGUUUACGUAUCAAAAGUAUGUGAUAUUGAACAUUAUAUGAGCCAUUUACAGAUCAAAGCAAUCAACUUCACUUGUAGAAUUUUUUAAAAUUUUUGUGCCACUUCGUUGAUGCAUAAUUUUUCAUAUUUAAAAUACAUUUUCUUAAUAAUGAGCUUAAUGCCAUUAAAUAUACUAAAAUUUAGUAUGGCUGUUGAACAGUAAAUGAUAUGACAAUGUAUGCAACUUUAUCAAUUCUCUUUACUUUUGGUUUCAUAGAGCUAAUCAAUUUGGUACACGAGCAGCUCAUAUAGUAAUUUUUAUAAUACAAAUGUUUUUUAUCUUUUGAUUUCUGCAUGUUACUUUGCAUGUCUUAAACAUGUCCAUGCUUUUUAUGUUUACAUUCUAUAAACAUGCAAAGACUGGAUAUUCUUUAGUUAUUAUUCAAGGGAAAAAAGUAAAAUUUAA